GAAAUGUAAAUGUAUUCAUAGCAAAGGCCUUUGUAUUUCGUGGGUCCAAUUCAAAGAUUCUUCACCAAGAUGGCAAUCGAAAGGGUAGCUUACACGAAUGGAGAAGACUCACUAUGCCACAAUCUCAGAUGUUUGCAGUCUCAGUGGUCACUUGAAAAUUACUGAUAAUAAAUCAAUUUGUCCCAACAUGACCUUAGUGAUUGACUCCUGGUUGCAAUAAUUCAAACCUUUACGAUGCAAGAAAAGAGAUAGAGCUGACAUCGCCAUCCACGGGUUCAAAUGAAGUCGAUAAAAUUGCAGGAGCAAUUUGCUUCCAGAGAAAUCGCGAUUGAACUCUUAACUUGGACUUGACACAGGGCACAGCUUAAGAAUGGUCAAAUUAACUCAAAGAAAAGGAGGCGAACAGUUUAGGAACUUUAGUUUUCGCGAAAUUUUAUCAACUUAUAUUUCCUUCGGUUCUUUUAGAGUCGACACCUGCACAUGUUGCGGUAGUAUUUUGGACAGAGAUGAAGUUAUUUAUUCAAUAUUUAUGUUUUAUUUCAGUAUUUGGAACAGUAAAACUAGAGUCUGAUAAAGUAACCAAUUCCUUAGCUCCAUUUCAUUCUUCAUAGUCAAAAGAUGAAACAAAGAUAACAUUUCUCGAGAGGCCUUAAUUGAGCGAGUUUAGAUUCAACUCUCUUUCUCGUGCGUAAUUAUUUUGUAAUUUUGCUGAUUAAUGUUCACUUUAAUUUUUCGAUUUGGUUCGGAGCACAUUUUCAAGAUCAGUUGAGUGUCCCCCGAAGGCAAAACGUAAAUAUCCGCUUGAAAACUUAUGGGUACGUGACCGUUUGUGUUUUGGAGGAGCAAAGUCUCUAUCGAGGCAAAUGUGUUCGUGUUGAUUUCCUAGAGUAAACAACACGUGGGUCUCUGGCACUUAUUAGCCUUCUUUUUGUAUACGCAGAUGAAGUCUGAAGUGGUACUUUACUGCGGACCAUGUCUGAAAAAAAUCCGGCACCUGAAAACCGGCAAUAAAGUGAAAAUAGGUUCUUUUAAUUUCGUGCUUUGGAGAACUUUGCUGACUAUUCAUAGAAAUCCAUUUGUUGUCACAGCAACCCUUACAGACAGGAGACAGCAUAGUGAACGUUGAAUCGAAAAGAUUUUAAAUGUCGAGCGGUCAUCUUCUAAUUUUACAAGUAUUCAUUUUGCAGGCGCAAUCAUGUUCGAUGUCAUUGUUCCAAGAUAAUUUCAUUAUGGAGGAGUGGUUCGUUUUCGAGACCGAACGUUUUAUAAAUCAGAAACAUAGUUUUCACUCAAAAUUCAUAUAUAUUCUAUGCAGAGCCAUGAGGUGAACAGCUGGGACAGGAAGACGUUAAUGUGCAUAUAUGAAUAGCAAAGAAGCCAUUUUCAGCACGAAUCGUCAAGAGUUUAUUUGAAAGUUCAGUGCCGAUGGAUGAAGCCUCCUCCAGUAUCUUGUGAAUGUAAAGGAUGUGUUCCAUACAUGAGAUAUGGUCACAGUGCAUCAGCCAUGGGUGAUCUGGUUUAUAUAUUUGGAGGGAGAAAUGACACACAUGGGGCCUGUAACAUACUGUACUGCUUUGACACAAGGAGUUUAACAUGGUCCAAACCUAAAGUAAAUGGAAAGCCCCCAGCUGCCCGUGAUGGUCACUCAGCUUGUGUUAUUGAAUCUAGAAUUUAUAUCUUUGGUGGAUAUGAAGAGGAGGGAGAGUGCUUUUCAAAUUCAAUUGAAUAUCUGGAUACACAAACAUUAACAUGGCACCAACCAAGAGUAACGGGUGAACCAGCCAAGUGGAGAGACUUCCACUCAGCAACAGCUGUUGGUACAAACAUGUACAUCUUUGGAGGCAGAGGAGAUAGACUUGGGCAAUACCAUUCUGGACAGGAAGUUUACUCCAGCUCAGUUAGAGUAUUUGAUACAGUUAAAAACUGUUGGUUCAAAUUAAAUACAUCUGGAAAUGUACCCAUUGGACGACGGAGUCACUCUGCAGUUGCUUAUGGCAAACAUGUCUACGUUUUUGGUGGUUACAAUGGGAUUGAAAAGAAACAUUAUGGAGAAGUGUUUAGUUUAGACACAGAUACCAAUGUUUGGACAAAACUGGACAUUUCAGGACAUGGGCCGUGUCCAAGAAGGAGACACUGCUGUUGUCUGAUAGGAACCAGGUUGAUGAUCUUUGGUGGAACAAGCCCUGCCGCAGGAGAACCUGCUGAUGAUGAAUACCACCUCCAGGAUCAUUCUGAUCUGUACAUCUUAGAUCUUGAGCCGUCACUUCGGACAUUAUGCAAACUGGCUGUUAUUCAGUACAAACUGGACCAAACACCUCUCCCUAAAGUACUCAAAACGGAGCUAAGUAUCAUGGAAGCCGGCAGAAGUUCUGUGCGAUCCUCACAAGGAUAGCAAAGUUCAAGACAUGCUUGCUAAUCAUGGCUUCCAUUGCACGUUCACGUGGGCUACGCGUGCAUAAUGGUCCACGUGUGUCACAUGGAGGAAUUCUAACGUAACCACCUCCUCGAGUACAUCAUUGAUAAGGCGUGAAUAUAAACCUAGGCAUAUCUAUCCUCUGCUGGUUUGGAAAAAUUUUUAAAGAGAUUUUUAGAUAAGCAUACACCUUAUACAGCAAUCAACUUUGGAAUAGUUUUUGUAAACGCAAACUUACUCAACAACCUAUGUGAUACUUAAAGCUCUGAAUCUCGGUCUCGUU